AUGGAGAAAAUUAGCCCAAAAAUGACAAAAGAAAGACAAUUAUCAUCGGAUAGUAGUAAUAUGUUUGGAAAAUCUCUUAUAUGGGAUUGUGGAAGUUCACUCUACGACUCAUUCGAGUUAAAGUCGUUUGAACGACAACUCGAUAUGGCCAUAGCUUCAAGAACUAUGUCAAUGCCGCAUCUAUCCAAUAACCGCGUUGUUCCGCUUUCAUCAUCGUCACGAUAUUCUCAAUCUUAUAUGUCGAAAAAAGGCUCAAAUAUUUAUAGGUCCUUUCGGAAGCUUCUUAAGUCCGUGUUCAGAUCAAAGCAUAAGAACACUAGCAGUCCUCGAACACAAGAAGCUAACUGGAGUGAUGAAUUUGACGUUGUCGUUUGUGGAAGAUCUAACGCACUUUCCCCGAUAUCAGAAGUCACAGAAUAUCAUGGUGUAAUAGACAGAAGGCCAGCUAAGCUUAAGCAGGUUCCAUUACUGCCACUGGACCGAAAGACUGCUUUGUUACUGGGUUCCCAACGGAUAGCACACGGUACCCUAGAUCCGCCCCUGCGUGGGAUAUCAAGUCGUUGGUAAUUAAAAAGAAUAAAAUCUACACGAUUCACAGCGACCACUUCUUGUUAAGAAAAUAGACUUAAGGUGUGACUGUAAAAGCCAGCUUAUAAGGUGAGGAUUGUUAAAACUAUAUAAAAGAGUUCAAUUGUCCAUUCCAGAAACUAUGUGGAACUAUUAAUAGUUCUAUUUGGUAUUUCAUGUUCUUGAUAGAAUUUUCAAGUAUAUAUAGAAAACUAUAAAUGGCUCUAAUAUUGUAGGCCUUGUUCUAAUAAA